AUGGCCCUUGUACUGUCCCUCAGAGGAGGUCAGAUUGGAAUCCAAAUAGGAAGUCAGUUCUCUGGGGGUCUUCUACAGAACCAGAAUGCUUCUUUUGGAAUUUCAGCUAGCUUCAACAUCUUCCCAUCACUGCUGACAAAUGUAGCAAUAACAUCUGCUAAUCCUGCUCACAAUGGCCGUGUGUGCAGCACAUGGGGCAACUUCCACUUCAAGACCUUCGACGGGGACAUAUUCACCUUCCCUGGGCUCUGUAAUUACGUUUUUGCCUCCCACUGCAACGCUCCCUAUGAGGAUUUCAACAUCCAGAUUAGGCGUGAAGUGGUGGCAAACACUCCGACAAUCAACCGCAUCACCAUGAAACUCGAAGGUGUCGUUGCCGAACUAACAAAAGAUGCUGUCAUGGUCGAUGGCAACAGAGUUCAACUGCCAUAUAGUCAAUCUGGUAUUACGAUAGAGAAGAGCAGCAUUUAUGUGAAAGUUGGCAGCAAAAUCGGUGUUGUGUUAUUGUGGAAUGAAAAGGACAGCAUUCUGCUGGAAUUGAAUGAGAAAUAUGCCAAUCAGACUUGUGGACUUUGUGGUGACUUCAAUGGCUUUCCCAUAUACAAUGAGUUCAUUUCAAACAAUAUUAAGAUGACAGCCUUGCAGUUUGGGAAUCUGCAGAAAAUGGACGGGCCAACAGAACACUGUGAAGACUCCACUUCUAUCCCAACAUAUAACUGCUCUGAUAAUCUUGAUGACAUAUGUGAGAAAACAUUGACCAGCUCUGCAUUUGCAGACUGUAAUGACCUAGUUGAUGUUAAAGACUACAUUAAGAUUUGCCAAGAUGACUUGUGCCGCUCUGAAGAAUCUAAAAACAGCUCAUGCAUCUGUGACACCUUUGCUGAGUACUCCCGGCAGUGUGCUCAUGCUGGUGGGCAGCCCCUGGACUGGAGAACUUCUAAACUAUGCCCCAAGAAUUGUCCUUACAACAUGCAGUACCAGGAGUGCAACUCCCCCUGUACUGAUACCUGCACGAAUCCUGAACGAUCUCUAUUUUGUGAAGAACACUGUAUUGAUGGCUGUUUCUGCCCCCCAGGGACUGUAUUUGAUGACAUCAACAAUUCUGGCUGCAUUCCCCAGCAGGAGUGCUCCUGUAUUUACAAUGGCAAAACCUAUGCUACAGGAGCUUCUUUUUCAGAACCAUGCCAGACCUGUACCUGUAAUGGAGGCCAGUGGAGCUGCCAAGACAAGUCCUGCCCAGGAACGUGCUCUGUAGUGGGAGGUUCCCACAUUUCAACCUAUGAUAAGAAGCACUAUGAUCACCACGGAGACUGCACCUACGUCCUCUCUAAGGACUGUCAAGAUGAAAAAUUUACCAUCCUGGCAGAACUACGCAAGUGUGGCCUGACUGACACUGAGACCUGCCUAAAGUCAGUGACCCUCAACAUGAAUAAAGGACAAACUAUCGUGGAGGUCAAACCUGAUGGUGGUGUGUUUGUGAACUCCAUCUACACUCAGCUGCCCAUGUCAGCAGCUAAUGUCACCAUGUUCAGACCUUCCUCAUUCUUCAUGAUCAUGGACACAAGCUUUGGCGUCCAGGUUGAAGUGCAGUUCACACCCAUGAUGCAAGUGUUUGUGCGUCUGGAUGCUUCUUUCAAAAACCAGACUUGUGGUCUCUGUGGAAAUUUCAAUAACAUCCAAACUGACGACUUCAAGGUCAUAAGUGGAAUAAUUGAAGGAACAGCAUCAGCAUUUGCUAAUACAUGGAAAACUCAGGCUUCAUGCCCUAAUAUCCAGCAGAGUUUUGAGAAUCCUUGUGCACUCAGCAUUGAUAAUGAAAAAUACGCUCAGCAUUGGUGUGGACUGCUCACUGACAGCACAGGACCUUUUGGUGCUUGUCACUAUGCAGUGAAUCCCGCUGUUUACCACACGAACUGCAUGUUUGACACAUGUAACUGUGAAAAUAGCGAGGACUGCCUGUGUGCAGCUCUGUCUGCCUAUGUAAGAGCUUGUGCUGCAAAAGGAAUCCAGCUGCAGGGAUGGAGGACUGAUGUCUGCACAAAAUACACCACCUCAUGUCCCAAAUCCCUGAGCUACAGCUAUACCAUCUCUUCCUGUCAACCCACCUGCCGCUCUCUGAGUGAGCCUGAUGUCACAUGCAACAUUAAGUUUGUCCCAGUUGAUGGCUGCACCUGUGUAAAUGGAACCUACAUGGAUGAAAGUGGCAAAUGUGUGCCUGCUAAUGAGUGUCCCUGCUACUACAAAGGAUCUCCUAUACCAUUUGGAGAAGUGGUCCAUGAAAAUGGGCGUGUAUGCACUUGUGUCCAGGGAAGAUUGAAUUGCAUUGGAGCAACAAAUCCAACUUCAGUCUGUGAAUCUCCCCUGGUCUACUUUGUCUGUAAAAACAACACAGCAGGAACAACUGGAGCAGAAUGUCAAAAAAGUUGCCAGACUCUGGAUAUGCAGUGUUAUAGCUCACAAUGUACAUCUGGCUGCAUAUGCCCAGAUGGGCUUGUGUUAGAUGGGAAUGGUGGUUGUAUUCCUGAAGAGGAAUGUCCAUGUAUUCACAAUGAAGCCAUGUAUCAGCCUGGGCAAAAGAUCAACUUCGACUGCAACACCUGUGUAUGCAAGAAUAGGAAGUGGGAAUGUACCAAAGAUCAAUGUCUGGGCACUUGUGCUGUUUAUGGAGAUGGUCAUUAUAACACCUUUGAUGACAAAAGAUUCAGCUUCAAUGGAAACUGUGAAUACACACUAGUCCAGGACCACUGUGGGAAAAGUGGCACAGUCAACGGGACCUUCAGGGUUGCCACUGAAAAUGUUCCCUGUGGCAACACUGGGACAACUUGCUCAAAGUCUAUCAAAGUUUUCUUAGAGAGCUAUGAGCUGAUCCUUGGUGAAGAGCAUGUCAGUGUCGUAAAGAGAGGACAGAAUGACGAGGUGCCAUACACAGUCCGCUCUAUGGGGAUGUACCUGGUAAUUGAGACCAAAAGUGGGCUGAUCCUCAUGUGGGACAAGAAAACCAGCAUCUUCAUCAAGCUCAGCCCUCGUUUCAAGGGCCAGGUCUGUGGUCUCUGUGGAAAUUAUGAUGGCAACAGCGUCAAUGACUUUACUACGAGGAGUCAAUCUGUAGUAGAGAAUGUCCUAGAGUUUGGAAACAGCUGGAAAGUAUCCUCUACGUGCCCUGAUGCUGCCAGUGUCAAGGACCCAUGUUCUACCAACCCUUAUCGGAAGUCCUGGUCAGAGAAGCAGUGUAGCAUCAUCAACAGCAAUGUCUUUGCUGCCUGUCACUCUCAGGUUGAACCAGCAAAAUAUUACCAAGCAUGUGUGACAGAUGCUUGUGCCUGUGACACUGGAGGAGACUGUGAUUGCUUUUGUACAGCAGUAGCUGCCUAUGCUCAAGCAUGCAGUGAAGUUGGUGUAUGCGUAGCCUGGAGAAGCCCAACAAUUUGUCCACUGUUCUGUGAUUACUACAAUCAGCAAGGAGAAUGUGAAUGGCACUAUAAGCCUUGCGGUGCUUCCUGUAUGAAAACCUGUAAGAACCCAAGUGGAAAAUGUCUCAAUGACCUGCCAGGUUUAGAAGGCUGCUACCCUAACUGCCCACCAGACAAGCCAUAUUUUCAUGAGGAUCAAAUGAAGUGUGUUAGUCUCUGUGACUGUUAUGAUGAUGAAGAUGGAAAGAUAUAUCAGCGAGAUGAAUGUAGUAUAUGUGAGUGCACAUCAGAAGGUUUACAGUGCAAGUUCGAUGAUAAAGCCUGCAACUGCAUUUAUGAAGGGAAUAGCUAUAAAUAUGGUGAACUCAUCUACAACACCACAGAUGGAACUGGAUGGUGUUUCAGUGCAACAUGCGAUGUCAAUGGAACAAUAAGCAGAAACAUCUUUAAAUGUGGCAUUUUUACAACAACCCCAUUUACAUUUACCACAAGUCAGGCCACAACUACUGCUUCAGGAACUGCAACACCAGUGACAACUGUAUGUGUGAAAAAUGUCUGUGUGUGGUCAGAAUGGUAUGAUUCCACUCAGCCUGAAAACAAAGAGGACAGUGGAGAUUAUGAAACAUAUCAAAAUCUCAAGGAUAAAGGAUACAGUGUGUGUACAAACCCAAGCGAAGUUCAAUGCAGAGCCAAAGAACACCCAGAUACCGAAAUUACCAACCUUAACCAAACAAUAGAGUGUAGUCAAAGCAGAGGAUUAAUAUGCAAUAACCAGGACCAAGAAUCCAAGCAGUGCUAUAAUUAUGAAAUCAGAAUAUCCUGCUGCAGAUACAUACCAUGUUCAGAAGCACAAACUACAACAUCCACAACCACAAGAGAAUUCACAACUACUGCUGUAGAAUCAACACCAUUUACAGUACAGACAACAAUAAUACCAACCACACAAAAACAAGAAAGUGAAGUAACUACAACACCAAUGAGAGAACGAGAAAGAACGACUCCGAGCGAAACAUCAGUAACAUCAACGACAACCCAAGUGUCAACAACAGGAUACCAAAUCACAACUAUGACAGCAGGAACCUCCACUGUGGUAACCCAAGCUCCAUCAUCACCCAAUACUAUCUCCACACUCCCAGGAUCAACACUACAAACAACACCUGGCACCACGAUAAUCUCCAGUACUACUACCCUGCCAACACAAGGCACGACUAUUACUACACCUGGACCAAGAGUACCAACCCAAGGUACCACCAGUGCCAGCACCACCACAACCACCAGGGAAAGGAGCACUCUAUCUACAGAAGGAACUAUUCCAACAGUAUUAUCCACUGUUGCUAUCCAAACAACAUCAACAAUUGCUGCCUCCACCCCUGAAAUAAAAAUAAGAACCACAACAGGCAACACGGCUGGACCCAGCACCACAGGCUCAGCUGGAGAGGAAACCACCAUCAUUGCUACCACCACCAGCACCUCUCCCCCUCAGACUGAAGGUACAACUGCCAUCAUCCCAACAACAACAAGAGUGCCCACACCAGCCACCAGCACUGCCAGCACCUCCAGGACUACCGAGAGAAGUACCACAAGAGCCUCUGCCACCUCUGCUCCAGGAGAAACCUCCACAGUGGAAACCCAGGCUACAACACCUCUCACAACACCCUCUGAAGUUAAAAUAAGAACCACAACAGGAAGCACAGUUGGCCCUAUUACCACAGGCUCAGCUGGAGAGGAAACCACCAGCAUUGCUACCACCACCAACACCUCUCCCCCUCAGACUGAAGGCACAACUGCCAUAAUCCCACCCACAACAACAGUGCAAACCCCUGCCACCAGCACUGCCAGCACCUCCAGGACCACUGCAGGAAGCACCACAAGAGCCUCUGCUACCUCUGCUCCCGGAGUAACUUCUCCUGUGGUGACCCAGACUACAGCACCUCUCACAACAUCGUCCAGAGUUAAAAUAAGAACCACAACAGGAAGCACAGCUGGCCCCAGCACCACGGGCUCAACUGGAGAGGAAACCACCAUCAUUGCUACCACCACCAGCACCACUCCCCCUCAGACUGAAGGUACAACCAUCAUCAUCCCAACAACAACAAGAGUGCCCACGCCAGCCACCAGCACUGCCAGCACCUCCAGGACUACCGAGAGAAGUACCACAAGAGCCUCUGCCACCUCUGCUCCAGGAGAAACCUCCACAGUGGAAACCCAGGCUCCAACAUCUCCCACAACACCCUCUGAAGUUAAAAUAAGAACCACCACAGGCACCACAGCUGGCCCCAGCACAACCACCACCACCACCCCACCCACAACCACAGGGCCCACGCCAGCCACCACCACAAUCCGCAUCUCCAAUAGCACAGACAACUGCAUUGUGGAGCGCUGUGCCUGGACCCAGUGGUUUAAUGUGGACUCCCCUACUCCAGGCAGCGAAAAUGGAGAUUCAGAGACAUUUGAAAACAUCAGAGCUGCUGGGUAUGAGUUGUGUGACAAGCCACAAGACAUCAAGUGCCGAGCUAAAGACUACCCUGACACAAUUGUGAAAAUAAUGGAACAGAAAUUUGACUGCAGCCUUGAAAAGGGACUUGUGUGCAGAAAUAAGGACCAGACUCUCAAGUACCCCACGUGCUUUGACUACGAGGUCUCAGUGCUGUGCUGUGACCGAAAACACUGCCAGACAACAGUGCCAACCCCAGCAACCACUGUAAGCACCUCCACAACAUACGUCCCAGCAGAAACCGCCACAAUAGGAACACGACCUGCAGCAACACCAACUGCUGUCCCCACACUUUCGCAGCAAGUAAUAACAACCACCGUAGGAACAACAAGUACCCUCUCACCACAAGGAACCACCUUCGUCUCGCCAAUAUACACAGAGCCAAUGAAACUAAAAACCACAACAGGAAGCACAGCUGGCCCCAGCACCACGGGCUCAGCUGGAGAGGAAACAACCAUCAUUGCUACCACCACCAGCACCUCUCCCGCUCAGACUGAAGGUACAACCAUCAUCACCCCAACAACAAGAGUGCCCACGCCAGCCACAAGCACUGCCAGCACUUCCAGGACUACCGAGAGAAGUACCACAAGAGCCUCUGCCACCUCUGCUCCUGGUGAAACCUCCACUGUGGAAACCCAGGCUCCAACAUCUCCCACAACACCCUCUGAAGUUAAAAUAAGAACCACAACAACAUCUGAAGUUAAAAUAAAAACCACAACAGUAACCACCGCUGGCCCCAGCACCACGGGCUCAGCCAGAGAGGAAACAACGAUCAUUGCUACCACCACCAGCACCUCUCCCCCUCAGACUGAAGGUACAACCAUCAUCAUUCCAACAACAACAAAAGUGCCCACCCCUGCGACCAGCACUGCCAGCACCUCCACAACCACCAGGGAAAGGAGCACUCUAUCUACAGAAAAAACUCUUCCAACAGUAUUAUCCACUGUUGCUAUCCAAACAACAUCAACAAUUGCUGCCUCCACCCCUGAAAUAAAAUUGAAAACCACCACUGGCACCACGGCUGUCCCCAGCACCACAGCUUCAGCUGGAGACAGCACAACUAACAUCUCUACCACCACCAGCACCUCUCCCCCUCAGACUGAAGGUACAACCAUCAUCAUCCCAACAACAACAAGAGUGCCCACACCAGCCACCAGCACUGCCGGCACCUCCAGGACUACCGAGAGAAGUACCACAAGAGCCUCUGCCACCUCUGCUCCAGGAGAAACCUCCACAGUGGAAACCCAGACUACAACACCUCUCACAACACCCUCUGAAGUUAAAAUAAGAACCACAACAGGAAGCACAGCUGGCCCCAUUACCACAGGCUCAGCUGGAGAGGAAACCACCAGCAUUGCUACCACCACCAACACCUCUCCCCCUCAGACUGAAGGCACAACUGCCAUAAUCCCACCCACAACAACAGUGCCUACCCCUGCCACCAGCACUGCCAGCACCUCCUGGACCACUGCAGGAAGCAUCACAAGAACCUCUGCUACCUCUGCUCCUGGAGAAACUUCCACUGUGGCGACCCAGACUACAACACCUCUCACAACAUCGUCCAGAGUUAAAAUAAGAACCACAACAGGAAGCACAGCUGGCCCCAGCACCACGGGCUCAACUGGAGAGGAAACCACCAUCAUUGCUACCACCACCAGCACCUCUCCCCCUCAGACUGAAGGUACAACCAUCAUCAUCCCAACAACAACAAGAGUGCCCACGCCAGCCACCAGCACUGCCAGCACCUCCAGGACUACCGAGAGAAGUACCACAAGAGCCUCUGCCACCUCUGCUCCAGGAGAAACCUCCACAGUGGAAACCCAGGCUACAACAUCUCCCACAACACCCUCUGAAGUUAAAAUAAGAACCACAACAGGAAGCACAGCUGGCCCCAGCACCACAGGCUCAGGCAGAGAGGAAACAACCAAUAUUGCUACCACCACCAGCACCUCUCCCCCUCAGACUGAAGGCACAACCGCCAUCAUCCCACCCAUAACAACAACUACAGCACCUCUCACAACAUCGUCCAGAAUUAAAAUAAGAACCACAACAGGCACCACGGCUGGCCCCAGCACCACAGGCUCAGCUGGAGUGGAAACAACCAUCAUUGCUACCACCACCAGCACCUCUCCCCCUCAGACUGAAGGUACAACCAUCAUCAUCCCAACAACAACAAGAGUGCCCACGCCAGCCACCAGCACUGCCAGCACCUCCAGGACUACCGAGAGAAGUACCACAAGAGCCUCUGCCACCUCUGCUCCAGGAGAAACCUCCACAGUGGAAACCCAGGCUACAACAUCUCCCACAACACCCUCUGAAGUUAAACUAAGAACCACAACACCAUCUGAAGUUAAAAUAAGAACCACAACAGGAAGCACAGCUGGCCCCAGCACCACGGGCUCAACUGGAGAGGAAACCACCAUCAUUGCUACCACCACCAACACCUCUCCCCCUCAGACUGAAGGCACAACUGCCAUCAUCCCACCCAAAACAACAGUGCAAACCCCUGCCACCAGCACUGCCAGCACCUCCAGGACCACUGCAGGAAGCACCACAAGAACCUCUGCCACCUCUGCUCCAGGAGAAGCCUCCACUGUGGUGACCCAGACUACAGCACCUCUCACAACACCCUCUGAAGUUAAAAUAAGAACCACAACAGGAAGCACAGCUGGCCCCAGCACCACGGGCUCAGCUGGAGAGGAAACCACCAUCAUUGCUACCACCACCAGCACCUCUCCCCCUCAGACUGAAGGUACAACCAUCAUCAUCCCAACAACAACAAGAGUGCCCACGCCAGCCACCAGCACUGCCAGCACCUCCAGGACUACCGAGAGAAGUACCACAAGAGCCUCUGCCACCUCUGCUCCAGGAGAAACCUCCACAGUGGAAACCCAGGCUACAACACCUCUCACAACACCCUCUGAAGUUAAAAUAAGAACCACAACAGGAAGCACAGCUGGACCCAGCACCACAGGCUCAGGCAGAGAGGAAACAACCAUCAUCUCUACCACCACCAGCACCUCUCCCCCUCAGACUGAAGGCACAACCGCCAUCAUCCUACCCACAACAACAGUGCCUACCCCUGCCACCAGCACUGCCAGCACCUCCAGGACCACUGCAGGAAGCACCACAAGAACCUCUGCUACCUCUGCUCCCGGAGUAACUUCUCCUGUGGUGACCCAGACUACAGCACCUCUCACAACAUCGUCCAGAGUUAAAAUAAGAACCACAACAGGAAGCACAGCUGGCCCCAGCACCACGGGCUCAACUGGAGAGGAAACCACCAUCAUUGCUACCACCACCAGCACCACUCCCCCUCAGACUGAAGGUACAACCAUCAUCAUCCCAACAACAACAAGAGUGCCCACGCCAGCCACCAGCACUGCCAGCACCUCCAGGACUACCGAGAGAAGUACCACAAGAGCCUCUGCCACCUCUGCUCCAGGAGAAACCUCCACAGUGGAAACCCAGGCUACAACAUCUCCCACAACACCCUCUGAAGUUAAACUAAGAACCACAACACCAUCUGAAGUUAAAAUAAGAACCACAACAGGAAGCACAGCUGGCCCCAGCACCACGGGCUCAACUGGAGAGGAAACCACCAUCAUUGCUACCACCACCAGCACCUCUCCCCCUCAGACUGAAGGUACAACCAUCAUCAUCCCAACAACAACAAGAGUGCCCACGCCAGCCACCAGCACUGCCAGCACCUCCAGGACUACCGAGAGAAGUACCACAAGAGCCUCUGCCACCUCUGCUCCAGGAGAAACCUCCACUGUGGAAACCCAGGCUACAACACCUCUCACAACACCAUCUGAAGUUAAAAUAAGAACCACAACAGGAAGCACAGCUGGCCCCAGCACCACGGGCUCAGGCAGAGAGGAAACAACCAUCAUCUCUACCACCACCAGCACCUCUCCCCCUCAGACUGAAGGCACAACCACCAUCAUCCCAACAACAACAAGAGUGCCCACGCCAGCCACCAGCACUGCCAGCACCUCCAGGACUACCGAGAGAAGUACCACAAGAGCCUCUGCCACCUCUGCUCCAGGAGAAACCUCCACAGUGGAAACCCAGGCUCCAACAUCUCCCACAACACCCUCUGAAGUUAAAAUAAGAACCACCACAAGCACCACAGCUGGCCCCAGCACAACCACCACCACCACCCCACCCACAACCACAGGGCCCACGCCAGCCACCACCACAAUCCGCAUCUCCAAUAGCACAGACAACUGCAUUGUGGAGCGCUGUGCCUGGACCCAGUGGUUUAAUGUGGACUCCCCUACUCCAGGCAGCGAAAAUGGAGAUUCAGAGACAUUUGAAAACAUCAGAGCUGCUGGGUAUGAGUUGUGUGACAAGCCACAAGACAUCAAGUGCCGAGCUAAAGACUACCCUGACACAAUUGUGAAAACAAUGGAACAGAAAUUUGACUGCAGCCUUGAAAAGGGACUUGUGUGCAGAAAUAAGGACCAGACUCUCAAGUACCCCAUGUGCUUUGACUACGAGGUCUCAGUGCUGUGCUGUGACCGAAAACACUGCCAGACAACAGUGCCAACCCCAGCAACCACUGUAAGCACCUCCACAACAUACGUCCCAGCAGAAACCGCCACAAUAGGAACACGACCUGCAGCAACACCAACUGCUGUCCCCACACUUUCGCAGCAAGUAAUAACAACCACCGUAGGAACAACAAGUACCCUCUCACCACAAGGAACCACCUUCGUCUCCCCAAUAUACACAGAGCCAAUGAAACUAAAAACCACAACAGGAAGCACAGCUGGCCCCAGCACCAUGGGCUCAGGCAGAGAGGAAACCACCAUCAUUGCUACCACCACCAGCACCUCUCCCACUCAGACUGAAGGUACAACCAUCAUCACCCCAACAACAAGAGUGCCUACCCCUGCCACAAGCACUGCCAGCACCUCCAGGACUACCGAGAGAAGUACCACAAGAGCCUCUGCCACCUCUGCUCCCGGUGAAACCUCCACUGUGGCAACCCAGGCUCCAACAUCUCCCACAACAUCCUCCGGAGUUAAAAUAAGAACCACAACAGGCGCCACAGCUGGCCCCAGCACCACAGCCUCAGGUAGAGAGGAAACCACCAUCGUCACUACCACCACCAGCCCUGCCUCCACUUCACCUGAAAUAAGAUUAAUUACCACUUCUGGCCCCUCAUCUGUGCUCACUACAACUCUUCCUCAGUCUGGAAUUACCACAGGGGAAGUGGUAUACAACAGAACAGAUAGAGCUGGCUGUAAUUUUUAUGCACUUUGCAGCAAGGAAUGUGAGAUUGAGCCCUUCUACGGGCCAUGUCAUCUGACAACUCCUGCUCCUUCAGUCGCCUCCUCAACUACAUCACAAACUGCCUCACCAACCACAGCAACAACCACCACAAUUUCAGUAGAAAGAAACUGCACUGAUGUCAAUCCUGCACGAAAGCCUGGAGAGGAGUGGAUAGAUGAAUGCCAGAAAUGUGUCUGUGAUUCCCUCACUGCUACUGCACAAUGCCAGCCACUCCCAUGCCAAACAGCUCAGCAAACAACUUGUGACCUAGGAUUUGUUUCCAUGGCUGUAAUACCACAAAAAGACCCAUGUUGUCCUGAAUUUGAAUGCAAACCAAUACCUGAUGUCUGCGUGAUUAAUGGAACAUUGUACACGAUUGGAAAGUCAGUAGUAAUCAAUUCAUGUAAGAAGUGUACCUGCAGUUCUGAGAAGGAUCCAGAGACUAAUGCAAACAUUAUGCAUUGUGAAACAGUUCAGUGUGAGACAUCUUGCCCACUGGGUUACCAAUACAUGAUUGAGGAAGGAGAGUGCUGUGGGAAGUGUAUUGAAGUUGCUUGCAAAGUCAAACUCAGUAACAACACUGCUCAUGUCCUCAAUGUUAAUGAGAUCCUGCCACUCGAUCAGUGCAGCCACUACAAAUGUGAAAAAAUUGAAGAUCAGUUUGUUGCAGUCCAAACGAAAAGAGUAUGCCCUGAGCAUGACCCCGCAGAGUGUGAUCCUGACGAAGCAGAGAUUACAUCUGAUGGCUGCUGCAAAAUAUGUAAACCUAAAAGCUGCAAGCCUUACACCAAGGAAACAGUGAUCCGCCAUGCUGACUGUGAGUCUUCUGGACCUGUUCAGGUCUCAUAUUGUGAAGGAAGUUGUCCUGGCUCCUCAAUGUACUCUCUUGAAGCAAACCAGAUGGAACACAAGUGUGGUUGCUGCCAGGAACUCAGCACUCAAACAAGAGAUAAACCACUGCAGCAUCUGACUCCCAAUUCCAACAAUCUAGAAAAUAUGACUCCCAAUUGCAGCAGGCUGUAUCACUUGGUUCCCAAUGGCAACUCAGCUGAGGAUAUGAUCACUGGCAAAAGAAAGCAGAGACCCUAG